AUGGCUUCAAUCGGGAGGAUUCAUAAUUUCAUGUCUGGUCAAAAGCAUUUAUUAACACGCAUUCCUUUUGCCUGUAGAAGUUUAGGAAUUCCAACCACACUUCAUGGCCACCAGCUAAAAGCAGGGACAGCCACUCUAAGUGCUGCCAAAGAAAUUUUAGAUUCUGGUUUGGAAGAUAUCAAAAAGGCUGGAACAUGGAAGUCUGAGAGGGUGAUUACAUCCAAACAAGGAUCAGCAAUCUUGGUUCAAGGUCAAAGUAAUACUCUGCUCAACUUUUGUGCUAACAAUUAUUUGGGUUUAUCAGGACACCCUGCUGUCAUAGAAGCAGCUAAAAAAGCAUUAGACACUCAUGGGGCAGGACUCAGUUCUGUAAGGUUUAUCUGUGGAACACAGGAUAUCCAUCGCAAACUUGAAGAGAAGCUGUCAAAGUUUCAUGGCCGAGAAGAUACCAUUUUAUAUGCCAGUUGCUUUGAUGCAAAUGCUGGCAUUUUUGAGGUUCUACUUUCUGACCAAGAUGCAGUGCUGUCUGAUGAACUAAACCAUGCUUCUAUCAUUGACGGUGUACGCCUCUGCAAGGCCAAAAGGCACCGGUAUCAACAUAAAAACAUGGCAGAUCUAGAAAAACAGCUUCAGGAAACUUCUGGACUUCGUCAACGUCUAAUAGCAACUGAUGGAGUUUUCAGCAUGGAUGGAAAUGUUGCUCCAUUACCAGAGAUCUGCGAUCUGGCUGACAAAUACAAGGCUUUGGUGUUUAUUGAUGAAUGCCAUGCAACUGGUUUCUUUGGAAAAACUGGCAGAGGUACUGAAGAAUAUUUUGGUAUAGAGGGUCGUGUUGAUGUAAUCAAUUCUACCUUAGGAAAAGCUCUUGGAGGAGCAGCUGGUGGUUAUACAACUGGACCGAAGUCAUUAAUUAACAUGUUGCGGCAACGAUCUCGUCCAUACCUUUUCUCUAAUACUUUGCCACCACCUGUGGUUGCUAGUGCUAGUAAGGCUUUGGACCUAAUCAUGCAAGAUGACAGUCUGACCGGUCGGGUAUUGUCUAAUACACAACGCUUCCGCAACCAAAUGAUUGAUGCUGGCUUCAAUGUUGCUGGUGAUCCUGAUCAUCCAAUAUGCCCAGUGAUGCUUGGAGAUGCUCGUUUGGCAUCAGUGUUUGCUGACAAAAUGUUAGAUCGCGGCAUCUAUGUCAUUGGUUUCAGUUAUCCAGUUGUGCCUAAAGGCAAGGCCAGGAUUCGUGUGCAGAUCUCAGGUGCUCACACUAAUGAUGAGAUUGAUCGUGCAGUCGGUGCAUUCAAGCAGAUUGGGAAAGAAUUAAAUAUUAUUGGAUAA